AUGCCCUCCUUCGUGCCGGACGCAAACACGGCAAUCGACUCGCAGUCCUCGGGUGUUGUGCACCUUGACCGGGCCGCCGAGUACGGCUUAUCCCAGGCCAAGGUCAAUGGACGCAUCGCCCACCAGCCACACUCGCACACGUCAAACGAGAGCUUUGACGGGAGCUCCGCGAAUUCGACCAGGUCGUCCACCACAUCUGAGACGUCCACGUCCAUCGAACCGGAGCGGCGCGCGACGAAAAACUUUUCGCUCCCGCAGAGCAUGAGCUCACCACAAAAUGGAACUGCUGGCGGAGGAGUAAAUGGGCUGGGCGCAGCCGAUUUUAUGGCGCGGAAAUCGCUCUCGUCCAGCCAUUCGGCGCCACUCGUGGAUCGGACGGUGCCGAACUUGGGGUCGAAGGGGAUAAGCCAGGAUUCACCAAGCUGGAGACUGAGCGACGGUAUUCCACGUACCCCCUCUAGGAACGAACCCCCCCCCGCACAACCAGAGGUCGAGGUCGCUCCGGCUCUCAACUCCCAAGCCUCGAGUCCAUCCUCGAGUCAAAGAAACCAACCCGCACCCCACAGGUUUUCGUCACCCCCCGUGUACGACCAGCCGAACUCGUCCGGUCCCUUGCAGACCCCCCCUGUGCCGGGUAUCAAACACCGGCAUACCCUGGAAGUCCCCAAGGCUUCCUCGGCUCGUGGCUCAAGGGACGGCAUCGACACCGCUCAUUCCAGCGGCCGUUUCUCCCCCACCAUCACAGGCGCUGGGGGGCGUAGGGCAUCGCUAAGUCUAGCUAGGAGAAACACGCGAUCCCUUCAUUCAGAUGGCCCACGCGACGAGGUGGUUCCUGACGAGGACGCUAUGCGGUGGGCAGAGGCGUACAGGCAAAAGCGGGCGAGCAAGCGGAGGAGGAGGGAGAUCGAGGAUGAUGACAGGGUACUGGUCGGCACCAAGGUUGACGAGACGCACGCGAACUGGGUGACGGCAUAUAACAUGUUGACCGGCAUCCGCGUCGCCGUUUCCAGGACCAACGCGAAGCUCGACCGGCCCUUGACCGACGCCGACUUCGACGUCAAGCAAAAGUCCACCUUUGACAUCGCCGGAAACGAGUUGGUCCCGUCAGCCAAGUACGACUUCAAGUUUAAGGACUACGCUCCCUGGGUGUUCCGCCACCUGCGCACUCUCUUCCGCCUGGACCCCGCCGACUACCUGAUGUCCCUGACCGGGAAGUACAUCUUGUCAGAGCUCGGGUCGCCCGGAAAGAGCGGGAGUUUCUUCUACUUCUCCCGGGACUACAAGUACAUCAUCAAGACCAUCCAUCACGCCGAGCAUAAGUUCCUCCGCAAGAUCUUGAAAGAUUACUACCAGCACGUCAAGGACAACCCGAACACGCUCCUGUCACAGUUCUACGGCCUUCACCGCGUCAAGAUGCCUUACGGCAGGAAGAUCCAUUUCGUCGUCAUGAACAACCUGUUCCCCCCGCACCGGGAUAUCCACCAGACCUUCGACUUGAAGGGCUCGACCGUCGGUCGGGACUACAGGGAAGACGACCUAGAAAACAACCCACGAGCGACCCUGAAGGACUUGAACUGGCUCCGUCGAAAGAGGAACAUCGAACUUGGCCUUCAGAAGAAGCAGCUCUUCCUGGAGCAGCUCUAUAAGGAUGUGCGGUUAUUGCAAAGAUUGCAGAUUAUGGAUUACUCUUUGCUUGUAGGCAUCCACGAUCUCCAACGAGGCAACGAGGAGAACCUGAGGGACAAGACUUUGCGCGUCUUCAACCCGGGCGGGAGCGGCAACACCUCGGAAGACUUCGACCCCCACUCGGUCCUCAUGCGAACCCCCUCCAAACUGGAAAACCAACGCAAGGCCAGGGAGCUCCGGCAGAUGAUCCAGUCCGAGAAACCGGUGCCAAUGGGGCAGACAAGUAGUAGAAUGCCGGACGAGCUUGAGGAAGGCCAAAACCGGCCGGGCUUUAUCUUCAACCAGGACGACGGUGGCUUCCGGGCAACACACGAAGACAACGCGCCAGGGGACGAGAUCUACUACUUGGGAGUGAUCGACUGCCUUACCCACUACGGUAUCAUCAAGAAGAUAGAGCACUUCUGGAAAGGCCUCUCAAGUGAUCGCAGUCAGAUCUCGGCUCUGCCGCCUCACGAAUACGGUGAGAGGUUCAUCAGCUUCAUCUCGAGCAUGGCCAUGUCACAGGAGGAAGCUAUUCGGGCCGCCCAGGAACGGGACGCUGCGCUCGCAGCUGAAGCGGCUGCCGAGAUCCCUCCCAUGCCUAAUUACCAGCCUCCCUUGCCGCCUUCCUCGUCGCCAUCGGGCCAAGUUCGGGUGGGUCAGCAGGCAAGAACCUCGGACGUGGGUGAACAAGAGGAUGAUGCCCCGGAGCGUGUUUUGAGAACGAUUAUCACCGCGCCUCCUAACAAUUCGGGAACCGGCAAGCCCGGCCACAACCCAAACGCGCCCGCCGGUGAGCGCAGAGAAACGACCGUUCUUCCAGUCGUGGAAGAAGCAGUUGAGGGCACAUCAACGGGAGAUCGCAGUCGAAACAGCCGCGUGAGCAGUCUUACUACCGACAGCGAGGUCCGGCCGUUGACGCCCGCGAAGGAGGGCGACGAGCUCGCCGCUGGGUUUGGCAACCCACUUCUUGGGAGCCGUGACGGCAGCAGGGGCAGCAGCAUCCAAGCACGCCCGCCGCCAACUCCACCAAAAACCGGCCACGGGUACACUGGGCGGUCAAAGCCGGAAAGCGCCGACAGUGGAUAUGGCGUUGGUGUUAGCGGAAGCAGCGGCAAUGGUGGCCUGAAGAGCCUCACUGGGUCCCAGAGAUCGCUAGGUCUUCGACAGCAAAUCAGCCGCGAUAGUCUCGACAAGGCUUUGCCGCCCCUUCCAAACGGCGGCCUACCCCGUUCUCAACACGCCUCGUAG